CUUCCACAGUAAACUGCGCUAAAACAACCAAGUCGCCAGCCAUAUCGCAGACGAUAAAGACGAAGUUUGAGGAGGGCGUGCUCAGCUGGCUGACAUUCAGGUGCCUCCGCGGUCCCACUUUCUCGCGCUUGCGUGAAUCCCAAGCAUGGUCCUGGUAAAUACGGUGCGUUUCAUUCCGCUUUCGUCAAAUUACAGCGUUGCUCUUUCGGCGCAGUGUGCAAGCUGCUUGAUCGAUUUCCCUUUCUUUGUUUGCGUUUCACGUUCGCGAAAGGCUAUGUUCCUCCGCCUGCGGCACCACCAGGCGGUCUUGCUGCUCCGACGCGGACCCGUUCAUGCAUUCGCGGCUUUCUUCAUUGGCGCGGCGGUCAUCGCGUUGUUCCUCAGCUGCGCUGGUGUCGGCGCCGGCUGCUCGGAGCGCAACCGCGUGGCCUUCAUCAAGACGCACAAGUGUGCAGGUACGUCGGUGCAGAACAUCAUCAUGCGCUACGGUUACUCGCGUAACCUGACCUUUGCCAUCGGGCCCCGCGACGUCUACCUGGGACACCCGACCAGGUUCCGCCACGACAUGGUUCCCGACCUAGCUCGCUACGGUCGUCAGUACCACAUCCUGGCGCACCACAACCGCUUCUCGACGCGCCAGGAGUACGCCCGCCUCCUCGGCAAUGACGUCUUCAUCAUUACCAUACUUCGGGAGCCCAUGGCCAUGUUCGAGUCGCUCGCGGCCACCCUCAAGCUCAGGGGCAUACACAUCGACGACUUCGAGGACGCGCGUGGCAAAGGACAUUUCGUGUCCUACCUGUCGGGGAAGCGCACCGAUUACGGUCGCAUCGGCACGAACCAGAUGUCCUUCGACCUGGGCCUCCCCACCGGGGUCAUGAACGAAUCCCGUGCCGUCGUCAACUUCAUCCGGCGCCUCAACUCUGAGCUCGACCUGGUGCUGAUUGCCGAGCUCAUGGACGAGUCGCUGGUGCUCCUCAAGCACGCGAUGUGCUGGACCACCAAGGACGUGGUGAGCUUCCAGCAGAACGCACGGAGUUCGCAGUUCCUACCGAGUCGCAUCCCAGACAAGGCCCGUCGCGCCAUUCUGACGGCCAACUACGUGGACGUGGCGCUGUACGGCUUCUUCAAGAGCAGGCUGCUCGAGGAGAUCGCAGCGUUUGGCACCGAGCGAAUGAAGGAGGAGGUGUUCGCGCUGCGCAAGACGCGCAUGGCCAUGUACGGCGACUGCGUGGACUCGGAAGAUUCGGCGGACAAGGUGUUUCCGCCGCAGUUCGUGUACCGCGCCGACGUGGUGGGAUACCGGCUCAAGAACGUCUCGCGCAUCGUGCCGGCCGCCACGUGCCGCCAGCUGGCAGCCAACGAGCUCCUCUUCACCAACAUGGUGCGCCGCCGCCAGCUCAUGGACAUCUCGGCCUUCUACUUCGCCCGUUGGGGCGCCGCCCAGGGGGCAGCACCGGUGACGUCUGCUGCGACCUCUUCUGUCGCGCUCCUUUUGUUAUCACUCCAGCUAGCCUGGAGAGCGGUCGGCGGCUAGCAGACGUGACGCCUUGCGCGUCCCUCCUCUUUCUCCUAAGCAAGAAAGAAAAGUGUAUAUAAAACGUUUGAUGAUGAGAACGUUUGGUUUUAUUCUGGCUGUGUUCAGCUUAAGUCGACAAUUUACAGUCUAUUAAAGGAGCACUCUUUGUUGGCUUAGUUGGCGCAUAAUCCAAUGGCUGUCCGCUGUUUUCUUUUUUCCUUUUGAUUUAAAGAGACGUCGGAGAGAUGCAUUAUGCUUUAUUGUAAAGCAUGGUUACGCAACAGCAAAACAGCAACGCUAUACCGUCCGAGACUUGUUAAACCAUACCUGUUUACGAAUUCUCUUUCUCCUGCGGCUGUGUUUAUGCCGGUCAGACCGGACACUGUAUUAAUAUCCGUCUAAAAGAACAUUUUAAGAAUAAGUCAUCUGACGAGCAUUCUCACGUAGCAAAACAUUGCAGGGGUUGUGAAAAAGAGACAAAGGUGUGCCUUCCGCUUUUAGAAAAAAAAAUUAUUCCGUCAUAGGGAUUGUCGUACACGCGAGCUGUUCGAGGCGUAUGUUGCCGAAGAAGAAAGAAGAAAGCGCGUGUAUGUGUUAGCGAUCCCUCCAUUGUGCUUGCCGUUUGUGAGGUGCAAUUUCUGGACACAAGAUUGUGACGGCAGCGAUUUUGGAUGGCCUAUCAGCAUGAUGACGUCAUUUUGAUUACUGUAUGUAUAUGUCAUCUUUCACCCAAUAAAAUUCAGUUGUGAGGCUGCGCGCGUCCUGUCCUGUUCUACUUCUGUUGUCCGUGUGUUUUAGCGCAGCAACCCCAGUAUUACAAGAUGAACUUCC